ACCGUUGGCCCAAUGGAGGAAGAGGAUGUGAGGAAGAGGAAGAUGCCCCGGGACACCCAGGCAGACAAGGAGCUGAGGAUGGAGACCAGGGAGGACAAAUCCCCACGGCAGAACCUCAUGGAAGGGGCUGAUUUGAGCAGCUCCACAGUGCAGGAAUCCAACGGGGAGGGAAAUCCACAGAGAUCCCGCAGGAGGAGGGGCUCCAAACCCAUCCCAGGGUGCUCUGAGGAGGAAAGACCCACCCUGUGCCGGGAAGGUGGCCGGAGAUCCAGCCAGGGCUCUGAGCUGGUGGUCCAUGAGCAGCUUCAGGAUGGGGAGAAGCCCUACAAGUGCUUGGAGUGUGGGAAGAGCUUCAGCCGGAGCUCAUUCCUGAUCCGCCACCAGAUGAUCCACACUGGGGAAUGGGCCUACGAGUGUGGAGAAUGUGGGAAGGGCUUCAGCUGCAACUCCAAACUCAUCACCCACCAGCGCAUCCACAGUGGAGAGAGGCCCUACGAGUGUCCUGAGUGUGGGAAGAGGUUUCACAUUAGGUUCAGUCUCUUCAGGCACCAGCGGAUUCACACGGAUGAGAGGCCCUUCCGUUGCCCUGACUGUGGGGAGGGCUUCAAGCAAAACUCCCACGUCAUCAGGCACCGGCGCAUUCACACUGGGGAGAGACCCUAUGAGUGUGGGAAAUGUGGGAAGAGCUUCACCCACAGCUCCAGCCUGACUAUCCACCAGAGGACUCACACUGGGGAACAUCCCUAUGACUGUGAGAAAUGUGGGAUGACCUUCAUAUGGAGGAAACAACUGACCAUCCACCAGAUGAUCCACACUGGGGAGAGGCCCUAUGAGUGUCUCCAGUGUGGGAAGAGGUUUCAGACCAGCUCCAGCCUCCUCCAGCACCAGCGGAUUCACACGGAUGAGAGGCCCUUCCACUGCCCCGACUGCAGGAAGGGCUUCAAGCACAACUCCAACCUCAUCAAGCACCGGCGCAUCCACACUGGGGAGAGGCCCUAUGAGUGUCCCCAGUGUGGGAAGAGCUUCACCCAGAGCUCUCACUUGACGAGACACCAACGGAGGCACCGGUAAGGGAAGCCCUGUGAGUGCCCCAAGUGCAGGAGGAGCUUCGUGCACUGCCCCAGCUCCAUCCCCAUCAGAGGACCCACGUUGGGCAGAGCUCUGAUGACCCACGUACCCAGUGAUCUCUGUUGAGAACACACUGGGCUGGUGGUCAUUUUGAUUUGGCCCUCAUUUUCAUUCAUCUUCAUCCCUUUAAAACAGACAAAAUUGG